AUGGACGACAAGAUCCAACAUAAAAUGGAAGUCGACUAUUCCGUUAGCGUCGAUAAUUUACUCGUAACAGUGAAGUCUUUAUUAGCGGCUGGCAAUUUUGAGUCUGCUGUCGAACAGUGUGUUUCUCUCGAAAAACAAACAAGAACAGCUUCUGAUGCUAUAUCUACAGGGCGACUGCUGGAAGCAAUUGUCGAAAUUUUAGCUGAAAAUUCUCAGUGGCCACGACUUAAUGAGCAUCUCAUUUUAAUGACAAAGAAGCACGGUCAGAUGAAGCAGUCCGUAUCCAAGAUGGUCCAAAAAGCUAUGGAAUAUCUUGAUAAAACACCGAGUGAGCCGGUUAAACUCGAGUUAAUCGAAGCUCUUAGGAAUGUCACAGAAGGCAAACAAAAAUUAUUGGGAGAUAUACAAUUCAAAAGUGUGCAAGAAGAUGAACAAAAGCGGUUGCUAGUACUCAGGCAUGUAAUCAUAUAUUUGUUACUUUCUCCUUAUGACAACGAACAACAUGACUUGAUGUGUCGCCGAAAGCUGGUAAAGGAUAUGGAAAAAAUACAAGUUUACUUUGAUAUGCUCAAAGCAUUUACAACACAAGAAUUAUUAAAGUGGGAUGAAUUCUGUAAUCUAUAUGAGCAUGCUUUACGUACAGAAACUGAUGUAUUUUUAAAGAAAGCCGAUGAAUCAGAAUGCGAAACACGCUGGCAUGAUCUACGUUUACGAGUAAUUGAGCACAAUAUUCGUGUAAUAUCUGAAUACUAUACAAGAAUUCGGCUCCAUCGGCUAUCUCAGUUGUUAGAUUUGGAUAUCGAUAAAACUGAGGAAUAUCUGUCGAAAUUAGUGGUAAAUAAAACAAUUUAUGCUAAAAUUGAUCGACUCGAAGGAGUGGUACACUUUAUAGCCAAAAAAGUGCCGACGGAAGUUUUAAAUGAUUGGUCUUACAAUACUAGAAAUUUAAUGGCAUUGAUCAAUCAAACAACACAUUUAAUCACAAAGAACACUAAUCAUUACAUUGAUAACCAUACAGAUAAUCUUGAACGAUUGGAACCCCUUAAAGAUUCUUUAACAGUUGCAAUAGAUUGGGAGUAUACAGAUAUUAAUACAAGUGUAAAUCAACUAUCCAUUGAAGAGAUUGAAGAACUUGCUAUUUUACCACCGAUUAGUGGAGUACUAUCUACUGUUUAUGUAAAGAAUUCUCAAUACUUUAUCAAAAUAUCUAUUGAACCAAUCGAAUAUUCCAAUGUAUUUGAUUUAAUCAAUGAUUCUUCGAUUGGAGCUGUUUCUACAUUUUUCGGGAUUACUAGAAAAUAUGAUCAAGAAAGAAUUGUACAAGCAUUGAAAUAUGAAUGUUAUUUGAAAAUGACUUAUUUAGAAAUGGAGAAAAUUAUUAAAAAUUCUUAUAAAUUAUGGCCAUCAUUAUUACAUAUAAUUGUACUUCAUAGAUAUGGAAUUGUUCCUGUAGGAGAAAUCAGUGUAGCAAUAGCUGUCAGUUCACCACAUCGUAAAGAUAGUCUUGAUGCUGUGAAAUAUUUAAUUGAAUCAAUUAAAUCACAAUUACCAAUUUGGAAAAAGGAGAUUUAUGAAGAUGGUACAUUCAAAUGGAAAAGAAAUAAUGAAUGUUUUUGGUUACAAAAAGAGAAAUAA